AUGACUGCACCUUGGUUAUUAAUCGAUAUUGGUGCUGCGAAUUCUUCGCGUUUUGAAUUUCCUGGGCUUGCUGGAGAAGUUGCACCUGGUAUAGUUGAAGGCGGACUUGGAGUUGGAUUCGGCGCUAAUAAAGUUCCUCAUCGAAGAGUCAUUACAUGUAAUCCUGAAAUAAGCAGUAUACCUAAAAGAGAUGAUAUAGAAGCAUUAACAAAAGAAGAUAACUUUGAAUCCCUCUUAGAUGAUGGCGAUGAAAAUAAUAAUUUCUUUGAUUACUAUAAAGAAGAAAAAGACUUAGAUGAAAUAGAGAAUUACUAUACAGACAAAGCUAAAGUGGAUGAAAUAAUUCUUGAAUCAUACAAGAAUAUUGACAACCCUGCAAUCUAUCUAACUAAUAUUGAAGAAAUUCCAACCCCAGAUGACCACCCUCAUCCUGAAUCAACUCUGAAGAAUGAAAUUGAACAAUUAAUCCAAACAGAUACUCUAAAUCAAGAACAAAAGAAAGAGGCCAUACUUAUUCUAAAAAAAUAUAGUAGACUAUUUACAACCAGGUUGGACCAGUUAGAAUAUACUGCUGAUAUUCAGCAUAAGAUUAAUACUAAGGAAGCAAA